AUGACCGACUCCCCACUCCCGCGGAUCCCGCUGGAUCCGAAAGAGCAGCCCAUCCUCGACAAGCUGCAGUCUAUACGGACGGAGCUUGAACUAUUGAAGCGUGAUCGGUCAACUUAUGUCAAGAGCCAAGAUGUCUUGAAAUUGUACGACCAAGUCAUCGAGCAGGUUAUGAUCCUCAAUGAGAUACGCGAAACCAAGCGUCUGGAGCAGAACAAAGUUGAUUACAUGCUCGACGACUGCUUUCAGCUCAUUUCACUUGCCUAUCUGACCGUCGGAAAAAACCAUGAGCCACCGGCAGUAUACUCCUACAUCUCAACGAUCAAGCGCUUACUAGAUCACCUCAAAGAAGCAACCUUCUAUUCGCAAAAGGACCUGGAAGCACUCGACAAGAACCUACAAGAUUGCCGACGAUAUGUUGAGAGAGGUCGAGAAGAAUACAGCCCUCAUCUACUGACCCUGCUUGACGCCCGCAUCAAAGUUUGCGAAGAGACUCUAGCAGAACUGAAGCUCAACUUGUCUGAGCUCACACCCGAGCUGACACCGAAAUGGGAGAAGCUGGUUUCAAUACUAAGAUCACUCUGCGGCUGUAACGCAAGAUCCAAGUUCCCACAUGAUGAAGUUGAGGAGUACUCAGAGGAGCUUAACAAACUUGACGAGGAAUUAAAAGAGUACGGCAUUCGUGCAUAUGAGACAGAAGGAACUACUGAGGAGAAGCUGGCCGAAAUGGUCGACAAAAUGCAACUCGCCACCGAACACCCUGAGCCGGCGCCAGACGCCAAGACACUUAUUGGCACCCUGCUACGGCGCAAUCUGCUAUGGGUCACGUUGAUCAAGCAAAAGCAAGGACGUAUUGCGCCCGCUUUCAAGGAUACCUACGAUAAACUUCUCUCAAUACGAAACAAGCUCGAAAAGCUUACCCUAACUCAGGCAUGGUCUCUUCGUGAGACGGAUCUUUGGGAUUUUCAGCGACAGCUUGAUCGUAUAGACGAAGCCCGAGUUGAUGGUAACUUUGUCGAUGCGCUUGGACGGCCAUCGGAGAUUUACGAGCAGAGAACAUUGUUGUACCUUCUCCGAAAGAGCUACGCUCUCAUUUACCAACUGCUCUUGACAUCCGAGCCUGUAUCUGAGGCUCUACUGCCGAUUUACAAUCAACUAACUACACUCCGAAAAUGUCUGCUUGAAGUCAAAAAGUUGGGAGGUGUAUCUUCACCAAGGGAGCUGUACCCCUACAGUAUGAAAUUGAAUUCCAUUGACAACAUGCGAGUAGACGGCAAGUUCAUGGUGGGCGACGAGAUACCUGAUGGCCAAGGUCGAGUGACGCAGCUUCUGGAGGAAUGCUUCGAGCUCGCAUACGACCUGAGAAACGACGCCGAAGACAACAACAGCUCUGCUGAGGUUACACCGUCGACAGAAAAGCCUGAGCCUCUCAGCACAUGA